ACCUAACGCCCGAGUAGACCUAAUCCGCCCAAGUACCGCUUGGACCCGACGUCAAAAUGGCAGUGCAAGUUGGAAAAUUUAGCUCGGAUUGAUUGUCGUCAACAAGAUUAUUCGUCGCAAAAAGGAUUAAAUAGUGAAUCAAUUUCCGUGGACGAACAUUCCGACCCGUUGUGCACAUCGACGGACGUUGCACUCCGAUUGUGAGGCCCCCCAAGGUCAGUGGUGUUAGGUUCCAGACCGGGCAGGCCCCAAUACAAAUAGGUACCGACCGCAAUGAUGGAUGACGAUGGUGAAUAUAACGAUGGCGACAUAGUCUGGGUAAAGCUCAGCUAUUGUUGGUGGCCUGGCGAGGUGAAGGCAGGCGAUAGCGUGACCGAGGAUUUGCUUUCUACGCUCAAACGCCGCCCAUUGGCCGUCGUAAAAUUUUUCGAUGAAGAUUCAUAUGAAUAUGUCAAAAAUACUAAUUUUAUCUAUAAAUAUAACUGCAGUAGGAAACACGAAUUUCUCAGAAAGGGUUUAGAACAAUAUCGUGCAAAAAAUAAACACAUGGAGAAGUUUCCGGCAGACGUAAUGCAUGCCGAGCGUGCUACCGGAGGCGAUCCAAACAUCGUCAACUCAAAGGACUAUUUGCCACAAAAACGCGAAAGUUAUGCCGAUAUCUUUGGCGACAAGAGCAAAGGCAGAGCUUCCAUGGGUAAAAAUUCUAGUAAGAAAGUUGUUUCUCCCAGUAAAGCAAUUCCAGUUAUUCCGGUAAAGAAACAUGAGGUCAGAAUACUGGGGCAGGCCUCUUCUUCGUCCGGAUUGAGUGUCGGAAGCAGAAGUCUUUCAUCGUCUUUAGCUUCGGCUUCAUCACUUCCUUCGACGCCCAGAUCUGCCGUUAAUACGUCAUCGCAGAACUCAUCGGCAGAUGCCACAGCCGUCAGUAGUAGUCUUGCUUCGCCGUCUCAGAUUUAUCACUGUCACAAGUGUGGCUUGGAAAGUGGUAGGCAAAAUGUGAUUGUGCUUCAUACCAAGUACUGCCGCGCCAUACCGAUGAGUAUUCCUUCGGUGAAAGUUUCAAAACCAGUUCCCAUAACCCCGGAAAAAGUAGAACCGGACACGACUCUAAGGACGUUAGAGUCUCCCAGAAAGCUGGUCGCUUCCACUCCCAAAACAGAAAUUGAGGAGAAAAUCGAAAAAAUUGCCGAAGAGGAUGAGUUGGUCGAAGUGAUCCAAGUGGUUGAACCAGCAAAGCCUACGCGUAGCGGUCGCACUCCAAGAGCAGCAGCACCGGCACCAAAAUCAACGCCGAAAGAUGAUCGACGAAGGAACCGAGGAAGAGGACGUGCAGCAGCUGCUCCAGUCGAUGCGGAAAGUGACGACAAGGUGGAGGUCUUUAUGGAAGUGACUGAUGAAAAGGAGGAGGUGACAAAGGAAGAGGACAAGAAAGUGGAGAAGGAGGUUGCAGUGGAAAAAGCAGAUGAAUCAGUUGAUAAAGACGAUUCAAAGGAUUCAAAAGGCAAGGGAGAGCUCAAGAACGAACUUCUGGCCGAUUGGAGUGAAGAUGAUCAAGAUGAUCAGGAAGAUUCAUCAAAAGAAGACGAGGUUUUAAAAAUUGAAGAACAAGACAAGUCUUCUAAAGUGGAGAAUGCAGCAGCAAACUCGCUUGAGGCAAGUUUGGAGAAAUCGGUUGACUGUUCGCCACAAUUGGCAUCGCCGGUGUCAUCAGGAACAACCAUCAAGUAUCGCAAUAUUCCCAAGAAGCAGAAGCGAGAAUUCAUCGAAGUUACGAACGAUCAACCGGCGGCACCAGUGGCAAGUACAGUGGAGAAAUCAUCUAGUGAAAGCAGUAUCAGUACGACAGCAGCAACGUGCGGCGGAGAUACUACUUUGAAUACCUCGGACAAAACUCCAACUUCUAAUGACAGUUUUUCAGAGCGUCCUAUCAGUGCAAAACAACGCAUUCUUGACAGGGCAACACGAGGAUCUAGUAAGUCAAUCAGCAGCGAUGAGACGAAGCAGGAAUCACCAGCCAAUCUAGCGGUGCCAGAAUCUCAGUCGGCAACAGAUGAUGAAUCGAAGAAGGAAACUUCUUGUUUUGAUUUCAAGGAAGACGAGGAAGAGGAGGUCGUUUUAAAUAAGUCUCCCCGAAGAUCCCUCUCCAAUAGACGGGAUACUUCCCUGGAGUUGAAUGCCAGCGUUUUAGAUCCGGCUAAAGAGCAAGAGGAACUGGAGCGUGCUAAGAAAGAUGCCGAAUUGAAGAGCAAAGUUGAAUCGUUACUUUGUGAAACUAGCCUGCCAAGUCUGCCGGAGAUUCCAAAGAUUGCGAAAGCUCCAUCGCCGGGCCCAUCGUCAUCUACGGAAACAACUCCUCAGCUCAAGGAUGAAAUUGAUCGAAACCGCACUUUACCGCCGAAGGAACGUGGCAAGCGCAUAUUCAAGACCCGCAACAAGAUAAUCGAAAACGAAGCAAUCGCUCUGGAGCAGUCGAAAGCUAUCGUAAUGGAUUUCGUGAAGAAGUCGCACGAAGAAGAACUGGCGGAACUGCUAGAACAGCAAAGAGCUGAGGCAAAACUAAGUUCGGAGUCACCUACGACUACCAAUGAUGACUCACAGGAAUCGGUUGUAUCUAACAAUGAGCCAACACGUUUCGAAAACUCCGAAUUCGCUGCAAUAAAAUCGAAGAGAACGAAGAUUUCACAAGCGGAGAAGGUGUUGACCUUAAGUGCUCAGGAACCAUCGGUCAGCUCUACUGACGAUACGAAGGUUGUGGCAGCAGAGUCCAUUCCAGUGUCAAUCAGUAAGGAACAGCUGGCGUUGGAAUCGCUUAGUACCUCUGCUACGCCUUCGCGGAGCAGAAAGGGCAAACAGAGGAAAUCCGGAACUCCAGUGGUCGAGCAGACAGUCGAGGAAAUGAUGGUAUCGGAAGUAAACGUUGACGAUACCACUUCUAAGGCUCGGAAGAAGAGGGGCGUUGAGCAUCAGAGUCCUGACAUGGCAGUAAUUGACGUUCCAAGCUCGGCGGCAGUGGGGGUUCCACUACCAGAGCCGGAAAAACCGAUCAAAGAAGCGGCCUCUAGGGGUAGAAAAAAGCGAACUGCUGAGCUUCCAAUCACGGAACCUAUUGUCCAUGACACGUCAGGUCCUGAAGCUAGAGAAUCAGUGGAAAAGGUUCCGGAACCGGAAACUACGGUGGUAGUUGAUACUCCAACGCCCAGAGGCAGGAAGAAGCGAGGUACUGAGCUGCAACACUUGGAACAAACUCCGGUUACCAAGUCUGCUGAAAUUGUUACAACCGUUAUUGAAAAAAAUGCUGAAGAAACGUCACAAUCUGAGACUACAGAACACGUUGCAGAAGCUUCACCUAAAAGUCGUAAGAAGAGAGGUGGCGAAGUUAAAAGUACUGACGUGGUACCGGAAUCGAAAACUUCUAAAGACGACACACCAGUCAUUGAGACCAUGGAACCUGAAGAACCAGCACCACGGGUUGAAGUUGCAACACCCAAGGGCAGGAAGAAGCGAAGUAGUGAACUGCAAAAUCUUGAUCCGGUAGCGUCCGAUUCGCUCCGUGCGGAACACGAACCAGAGCCUCCCGCGCUGGAAGCUACACCCAAGAACCGUCGGAAGCGGGGUGGAGACAUUCCAAGUUUGGAAUCAGCUGCUCCUGCAAAUUCCGAACCGGAAAUUGUCGCCGAAUUGCCAGAAUCGGAAGUAGUCCCGCACGUUGAACCGCCAAUGCCGAAGAGCAGGAAACAUCGCAGCAAUGAGCUUCAAAACCUGGAGCUGAUGGCACAAGAUACGCUUCGCGUAGUGAUCACAAGGGAGGACGAAGAAUUGGCUGAAGCGCAACCACAACCGGACGUUUCAGACGUUUCUGCCAAAGGUCGUAAGAAGAGAGUGGUUGAGGUUCACAAAGAAGAAGAAUCUACUGCGGUGGUGGCUGAAAAAUCGGAAGUUAUUCUGAGCCAGGAACCAGAUUUACACCUUGUAGAGAAAUCUCCCAAAGGGCGAAAGAAACGGGGUGAUCAUCAUGAAAGUUCAGAGGUGACAGUGGACACACCAAACCAAGAAUCAAAUUCGCACCUUCCGGAGAAAUCUCCCAAGGGGCGAAAGAAAAGAGGUGACCCCCAGGCAAACUUGGACGUGGUCCAAGAUAUUCCAAGUAUAGUUACAGUAGUUGCAGAAGAAUCCGCUGAAGCAAUUCCAGAAUCAGAACCGAUACUACCAGCGCUUGCUGUUGUUACACCUCCCAAAGGUAGAAAGAAGAGAGGUGGUAUUCAGCAGGAGAGCUCUGAGGUGGCCCCCGAUACAUCUAUUACAGUUGUAGAAGUGGUUGAAAAACCAACUGAGGAAGUUCCUCUGUCGAAACCGGAACAACGCGUCCAUGAUGCAGACACUCCUCAUAAAGGGCGAAAGAAACGAGGUAUCGAGGCUCAAAGUGCGGAUCUUAAAAAACCCGAAAAACUAGCCGUUGAAGUAUCAGAACCAGAAACACCUAGUGUCGAAGCUACCAUUUCCAAGGAUAAAACAAAGGAAAGUGACGAACCUGUGUCUGUUGAUUCGGUUAUUUCCGAUUCGUCGCAUCCCAUUACACUGGAAGCUAAUAAGCCGAUAGAAGCACCUCAAGAACCAGAAACGGAAUCAGUUCAGGAAGUUGUUGCAACUCCCAAGGCCCGAAGGAAGCGAGGUGGUGAACUCGAUAAACUAGACCUGCGGGCUCUGGAUACGCCUCGUUCGCGUAGAGGUAAAGACGUCAAGGUUGAUGAACCUGCAGUGGUGCCCGAAGAACCCGUAAAAAUUGAAUCACCAACUCUUUCGGAAAAACACCGAAAGUUAAAACGAGUUAAAAAAGAUGAUGAAGAAAGGCAUGAAACUCUUUCGAAACCAGUUGAAGUGGAUACAGUUACUGAAUCGGAUACUGUUUCUCCUGUUGUGGAAGAGCUGAGAGAUGAACCAAAAAUAUCGAAAUCGAAACGUUCAAAGCAAACUCAGCAGAAGUCGCCUGAUUCUACCGCAGAAGAUAUUCCAAUGGCUACUGAGCCUCCAGUUCCUAAUAUCGAGAAAGUUGAACCUGUUCCUCCUGUAGAGCGACCCGAGUCAACGCCCAUCAUCAAACAGCAGCCCAUCAAAAUGAUCAUCAAAUCUCGAGGAAGAAAAUCCAAUUCAGAGCUUCUAUACGAGCCAAACGUUGUAGUAUCUCCGGAAACGAAAGAGGACGAAGUUAAGGAGAAACUUCCAAAAUCACCUAAAAGCUCCAAAAGGAAAAAGACGCCAGUUGAGGAGCCUGUCGAUUCAGUUCUACCGGUACCUGUGGAUACCCCAUCGAUGGAUUCCGUUGUUGAACCAACUAGUUCUGUGAAAUCACCCAUGCAUAAACGACCGAAAAUUAUUGAGGAACAGCCAAAGCCAACGGUGGAGGACAAAACGCCCGAAGAAAUGCCACAACAUCGUUUGCCCAGCGGUUUAACUGACACCGAUCUGCAGAUUGCGGAGGCUCUUAUCCAUUUGCCAGACGCAACCCCUCCGAAACCCAUGGCCGUCAUCCAAGAACCCGUUGUGGACACCGCCAAAUCUAACAGCAGCUCACCUGUGCUAACAGCAAAGACGAUCAACCCUAGAAAGCGACAUUUGCAGACAUUGAUGAGCAAUCCUGAGCUGGCGGAACAAUCAAAAUCCGAACCCAGUCCGGUUGAUGCUGCCGUAACCAUUCCAGAGAAGAAGAAGCGCGAAACUGCACAGGUUGUUGUCGAAACUGUGCAGGUCGAACAAACUCGCCCAUCGCAGAUUGAGGAAGAUAAAUUUGACAUCGACAACAUCCCCAUUGUUAUGGAUGACAGUGAGCUACUAGAAGAUUCGGCCAUUUCGACAACGACGACAAAUAGUCAAAAGCCAACCGAACCGGCCGCCUCACCAACAAAAUUAAUGACGAAAAAGAUGGUGAUUGUAAAGAGUAGUAACGGAUCCGCAAGAAUUGUCGAUUCAAAAGAAUCCCGAGAGGUUCCUCCAGCUGUACCGAAAAAGAAUUUGGGCAUUAAAUCUUCCACCAUUACCAUCAAACCUCCAGUUGAUCAGCUGUCUCCUAAGCCAACCCGAUCACCGACUCACUCGCCGCCUCCUAUCCGAGGAGCCCAACUAGUGCAGGCUAGCAGCGUAGGGCAGAUUGUGAUCACCAGCAAAGGAACCGUCUUCACAACCCAAUCACCCACCACAUCUACGGCGGCUACCAAAUCCUAUCGGAGUGAUUCACCAAAAUCCCAUCACAUAACCCCAUCCAAAGCCGGAGAAGCCACCGUUUCUUCCGUGAGCAGCGUGAGCACCAUCAGCAGUUCCACUUCCAAGUCAUCUCCACCUCCUCCCAUCGUUAGUCACCGGAGUGCGGCGCCGGAAACAACCGUCAAAUCUCCCGCCAAGAUAUGUGUGCAAUCCCAGGAAAUAAUUUAUCCUUCGCCCAAGUCCCGGUCAUCGACGACCAAGCCACAUGACUCAUCCCCCGUGAUCCAGAAGAAGACUUCACCCAGCAGCAGUGCAUCUCCGCCAAAGAAAGCUCUCAUGAAAAAGCAUACAGAGGCCAACUCCCCGAGCAGUAGUGGCAAACCACUCUUCUCCACCUCCAAGGGUAAUCCCAUUACGCCUCAGCCGGCCACUUCGUCGGCCGUAAGCCCCGGUAAAAAGGCUCACAAAGUGAUCAAAAUUUCCCCACAGAAGCUCAAAGAGUUCACCCGGUUGGGAAUGGUGGAGGAUAAGGGUCAGGGCAAGGUACUGACCGCCAGCGGGAUGAAGAAGUUCCGCCAGGAGCAGUAUCAACUGCAGAAGCAACAACGAUCAAGGCCUGAGGAACCGAAGAAACUGCCACGGGCAGAUUCCGUCGAUGAAGAACCAUCCACGUCCACCCCGACGCCUCCUCCGCCAAGCAAAACCCCUGCGGAAGUGGUUGUGGCAGCCGCCGCGGAUUCCUCUGUGAAAGAAAUUCCGCCAAUUCCAGCCGAAACGGAAGAAACCACCGAAGUAGAACUUGCUGCGUCAUCUACAGAAUCCAUGGUGGCUGCGACAUCGGUAGCGGAAGUGGCCAUUCUUCCGGAGCCAUCUUCCACUGAGGAAAACGAAGCCGACGCAGCCGUGAAUGAACCGGAAGCUGAAAGUAGCAACCUUGAAGGGGCGGAAACGGAAGUAUCAUCCCCACCAGUUGAAGCUCUCGAGGCACCGGUUGCCGCAGCAGUAGAAGUAGCCCCGGAAGCAUCCGAGUCCGGUUCCAACGUUCAGGAAUCGUCCCAGCUGAUUGCCGUGCCGGCGGAAAACUUCGGAGGACCCUCGAACCUGUUCUAUCUAUGUUCGGUCCGGGAGGAGGGCUUCGUUCCGGUCAACAACGAGCUGCUCUACUUGGAUUCGUCCAACCAGCUGGUGGCACUUCCGGAAAACGCUUCCGUCGAGGACAUCGUAAAUCAAGCCGAAGUGUUGGAAAUUCCGGCGGGCAGUGAUCAGGCCACGAUGGUCACAGCCGCCGCCACCGUCGAUGCCGAGGGGGCUAUCGAGGUGGGACAGCAGAAUAUCCUAUUGAAUACUCAGGAUGGUCAGCAGAUCAUACUGGAUCAGCAAAGUUUGAUGGCGCUGGCAGCGGGAGGCGAUACGUCUCAACUACUUACUCCCGAUGGACAGCAGAUUCUUUUACAGGGUUCGGCACAAGAGCUGCUGGCAGCGCUUGCCGUGAGUCAACCUGGCCUUGGAAUCGUUGCUGCCGAAGGGACCCAGAUAAUCGUGGCACCCGAAUCGUUGAUCGAUUUACAAGAUCCACCGCUGCCGGGCGAGAUCAUCCAGGUGAACCCGAACACAACCGUUGAAACCAAUGCCGUUCUCACGAAACCACCGAUCAUGUCUGCCGUGGAAGUUCCCACCAAAAAUGGAGCCGAAUCGUCGUCGGUUGGCUCUCCGGAGCAGAAGCCGUCGGAAGCGGCUGCCCCUUCGAAUCUCGACGAAAGCUUGGCCGCCGUCAUCGGUGUUCCGGGUAAACCGAACGUGCCGACGUCACUGGAGCUGCCAAUUACCGUUACGAAUCCGGUGAUAGCCAAGACGACCACCAGUAAGAUCAAUCCCAUCUAUCCGCCGACGACGGCGAUCUCUGCGAUCGCUCUCGAUCCAGCAGCGGCUGCGGUAGCGGCGGCGGCGGCCGGGACUGUCAUCGGUCUUCCAACGGUAGCACAAACAGACUCUCUGACGGCCAUCAAAUCCAUCUGGGAUUGAACAACCCCCAUCAGUAGUUGGUGGAAGGUCCUCGGACCGGACCCUAUUGUCCAUUUCUCUCAACACCUUCGGCCGGGUUCCAUUGAAUGGAACGGCGUCGUGGCAACAACCAACCUACUAUUACUAUAGCCUCACUAUUAAUUGUUGGCUGCAGCAUUACAAGAAGGAAGCCAAUUGUACAUAGCGAAUACCUUUUAAAUUGCAUAUAGCUCUUACUAGUGGAUAGACCUUAUAUAGAUUGCUUGUUAGUUGAUAUUAUAAUUAUGAUUAUCAUGCUCCGUUUUUAUACAGCUUUUUUUGUAUAACUGUUCUAUUGGAUCCAUUUUUUUUGUUUACACACUGUGCAUGUGUUUUAGUCACCUCUUACUUUAGGUAAAUUUAGCUUAACUUUCGAUGCGAAAAUGAUCGAAUCGCCUGAAUAGAGUUGUUUAUUUAUACCAUCACUUUGCGAUGACUGGAUUUUUAUUUUUCUACGUAUUUGACGAAAACCCAAAUUUAUCUAAAAAGUUCAAGACAUUUGGUAGAAAACUGACCGAAACUGUUCGAAGGGGCUCCAAAAGUGGCUGUUGCUAUAGAUAGUAGUAGAUUCAGAAAACAAUUUUGAGAUUUGUGACAGCCUUCGUUAGAAUCUAAACAGCGAAGAAAUUAUAUAGGUAUGCUAAGCAGCAGAGUGACUCUUCCGUGGUGGUCCCAUUAAAAUCGCUCUUCAAGGGAUUGUGAAUCCCUUGGGGAAGACGAAUUGAGUGUGUAUUUCUUAUCUUAUUGUUUAUUAAAGCUUACCUCGUGGCGUUAAACACAUGUUUCUAGCUGACACGCUUUCGCCAUUGAACCUGCUUUCUUGCUGCUGUCUAGAAGUUGCACCUUUCCCAAGCAUUAUAGGUAUAAUCCAUCACGUGCACUCGUAAGGGCAGUCUCCAUUUGCUAUUUGAGGGGUUCUUUCAUGGUACGAAAUGUGUCAAACUAUCUCCGAUUUCAACACGAUAUUUUUUGGUCCUGCUGAUUGGAUUAAUGUUUCCCUCGAGUUUGUUCGAUAACACUCUCCUUCGGGACACAUUUCCAUAUUGGAAUGGGAGAUGCUUUGAUCCAUUCUGCCAGAUACCUAGUGAAAAAAUCCUCAUCCUUCACUAUUUAAACCGAUAAAUAUAAGCCAGUGCUAGAGCUAGGCCUUAGCCACUAGAAGACAUGUUCUUGUUCGAACAGUGUUGUAUAAAACAAAAUAUAUGUAAUCCAAACACGAAAAACAGAAUGGGAGCGAUUAACGCACGGUUUGUGAUAAGCGCAGGUACAAACAGGAAGUGAUUCCCUGUUGAGGAUGGUUAAUGGUCAGGAUGGUCUCCGACAGCCACGACCACUAGAAGUUGGUUGAUUAGCACCGGAAACGGACGAAUAAGUCAUUUGGAAGUAAACAGUUUUUCUUCUCGUCUAAUGUAUUGGUAAUAAUUAUGCAAUACAACAAGAUACACACACGUACACAUACAACAACCUUAAAUGAUUACUGAUACUGUAUUUUAAGCGUACUAAUAGUAAUUAAUAUUGUAAGUAUAAUAAAUGUUUAGCGAAUAUAAUGAAUCAAA